UCAUAUUUCAUAGUCCAAAUAUCUGGAACUUCAUUAAGUGGUUUUCAAUGGUUAUUUAUAAUUGAAAACAUUCCAACCUUUAUUUUGGCAAUAAUUAUCGCUGUAUUUUUGACUCGUGGACCUGGAAAUGCUCGUUUUUUUACUCCUGAAGAACGUAAUUUCGCUGUUGAACGGUUAAAAUCUGAGGGUGGUCCCGUUGAAAUUGAUAGUAAUCUCGCCAAGGCUCAAGUAAAAUUUGCCUUCACUGAUACUUUAACUUAUAUUUACACAGUAUUGAUUUUAAUUACUGGGAUUCCAUUCUAUGCUCUUAAUUUUUACCUUCCAACUUUAGUUAGUCAACUUGGUUUUAAUGAUUUACAAGCUCAAUUAAUGGUUAUACCACCACUUAUUAUUUCAACUAUAUUUAUGGUUCUUAGUUCAUGGCAUUCUGAUAAGUAUCAGACAAAAACCAUAAAUUCAUUGAUUUCUUUUUUAUUAGCCACUAUUGGAUUGGUGGGAAUGCUAGCAACACGUGCAGAUGAUCCUAGUUUAUAUAAUUUAAGAUAUUUUUUUACUAUUCUUUUGGCAUGUGGGGUGUAUAGUGUGGUGCCGGUAAUGUUUAGUUGGUUCUCCUGUAAUAUUCCUGGUCAAUAUAAGCGCAGCACGAUGACUGCUAUAAUAUUAACUUCUAAUCAAAUUGGAGGUAUCAUCGGGCUUUUAAUAUUUCCAGCUACUGAUGCUCCAUCAUUCUUUAUGGGAAGUUCCGUAUGCUUAGCUGCAGUGAUUUUAUCAUCUAUUAUAACUAUUGGAUUAAAAUUUUAUUUGGAAUUAUUAAAUAAGAAACGUGAUUUAGCUAUUUUAGCAAAUCACAAUUAUAAGUUAAAUGAUAAUGAUUUGAAGAAUAAUAAAAGGAUUAGAGAAAUUGCUAUGGAAUUGGUGGAAAAGGAACCAAACUAUGAUGAAGUUUUGUGCGAUAGACAUCUUAAUUGGAGGUAUAUUACUUAA